AUGCAAAAUAAUUAAUCAACUAAAUCUAAUACUACCUAAGAUGAUUAAGUAUUUGAAUUAGUAAAAGAACUUCUUCCAUAAAUUGAAGAAGAAUUACGAAAAGAAAUUGAUUAACAAUUAUAAUCUGAAUACGAGUAAAAGUUACAACAAUUAAGUGAAUAAAGUCGUCUUUAAGCAUUAGAUGAAUUAGAAUAAGUUUUUAUAUAAGUAGAGGCUGAGACGUAAAAAUAAUUAAUUGAGAAAAUAAAUGAAUUAGAAAAAAAAUAAUAAGAUUUAGAUUAUUAUGAAAGACAUAUGGAGUAAUUAAUUUAUGAUGAAAUCGAGAAAAAAUAUGAGAGUGAAUAUUAAGAGAAAAAAUAAUAAAUAUUAGAAGAAUAAAUUGAAGAUUUAAAUACAAAUGAAGUUCAAGAAAGCGAUAUUCGCGAAAAAUUAAAAAAUGAAUAUGAAAUGGAAAUAAGGAAGGAAAUGUAAAAUCGAGAAAAACAAAUGAAAGUGGUAUUUUAGAAAAAAAUAAACGCGGAAAAAAAAAAUUGGAAGAAUUUUAUAAAAUGGAAUUAAAUGAGAAAAUUGAAGGAGAAAGAAAAAAAAUGGAAAAGGAAAAAGCGGAAAUAGCGAGAUUAAAAUCAUUAAAAAAUGUCAAAAUUAAUAAAUUUUAGAUUUAAAAAAAUCAGAUUUUUUAAUAAAUUGCUUAAGAGGAAAAUAAAUAUAAUAGUAUUAUUAAUAAUUUGUAAUUAUAAAUAUAAUAAGUCUAAAUUGAAUUAGAAAAAUAUAAAAAAGAUCCGAAUAUUAAAGGAAUUCUUAAAAAUUCGAAUCUUAUUUAUAAUAAUGAUAUAAAAAAUCCUUAAAUAUAAUAAGAUAAUGAUGAUGAUUUUGAAUUUAAAAAUAAAUAUCUUUAUUCAAAUAAGAAAAUGUAAAAUAAUCAAUAAUAAUUAAUUUAAAUUUAAGAAUAAGUAUCAUAAAAUUCUAAUGAAGAAUAAGAAAAAAAAUCAAAUAGAAAUUAAUCUUUGACUAAUUUAUCUUUAUCUCCUCCACCACCUCCUAUUAAUAAUAUAAACAUAGAAGAAAAUCAAGAAAAAUAAUAAUUUAAAAUAAAUUAAUAACCAAAUAAUGCAUUUUAAAGUAUAAAAAUAUACUAUAAUUUACAAUUAUAUAUAUAUAUAUAUAUAUAUAAAUAUAUAUAUAUAUAUAUAUAUAUAUAUAUAUUAUAAAUAAUAGUGUAUUGUUUAUAACAAUUAACUCAACCUAAUAAAAAUAAAGAAGAAGAAGAAGAAGAAAAAACCAAACAAAACAUAAGUUAAUAUAUAGAAAAAUACAUACAAUCCAAAAAUAUUAAUAAUAAUCAAGAUUAUUAAAAAAAUUAACAUAAAACAUCAGAAAAGUAUUUAACAUAAUACGAAUUAGAUUAAAAAAGAUAAGAACUAGAAUAUAAAAUAAAUUUAAAUGAAAAUUUAUACGAUAAAUAUAUAGCUAUGGAAAAUUAUUUAUAAUAAUAAUUAAUUUAUAAGUUUUAAAAUUUAAAUGCCACCCAAUAAGUAGAAUUAACUGAAUUAAUAUAAAAUCUAAUUGAUAGUUGGAAUUUUAGAAAUGUUUCUUAUGAAGAUAGACUAACAUUUAUUAAUUAAUUAGAAUAUUUUUAAGGAAAUUAUGAUGGUAUGUUUAAUACACUUAAUACUUAUAUAAAUUAACUUAAUGAAGAUAUUAUUCAUGCGUAGUUUAUUAUUGAUAAAAUGGAAUAAAGGGAAUAAAUACUUUAGUUUCCUUAAUAUAGUAAUUAAGAUUAAAAUAAAUCUUAAAUUAUUAAUGAAAAUGUAAAAAAGAUUGAUUUAGAAAUUUUAAAAUUAGUACAAGAAUAUUAAUAAAUUGUCAAAAAAGACUUCUUUUGGUAAGGAUUUAAGCUUGAGGAUUUAUUAGAAAUUGAAAUUUAUGAAUAGACUGAAUAAAUUUCACCAAAAAUAUAAUUUUAAGAUUUAAAAUAAGUUAUUGUUGAAAAAUUCUAAAAAAAAAUGUUUUGA